GGGUAUUUUGCGUCAGUGGACUGCAGAGACCCCGUUGGUACCCACGACAACGCUCGUAAUACACACUCGGUUUCCUGAAUCCUUUUGGUGACACGCCCACCCCCAUCAGGAAGAGUAAUAACUCUUGGACUAGAAAAUAAAACAGUGAAAGAUUCGUCGUCUCAAGCAGCAGUUGAAAUUGGGCUUGCACUUUGGUCCCUUUUUUUGGCCAAGAUGAGAGCCUCUUGGGUGCCUUUGCUGUUUUUGGAAGCUGCUUUUGCAUCGUAUCUGGACGACGGUUGCAUCGUAAGAGGCAGUUUGGAAUCAAAAGUUGAAUACGGACAUUCCCUGAAAUUCUGGCUGCGUUUCCCACUGGAAAAAGAUUUUCGGGUGUUCCUCCCAUCCCAGAAUGUAAGUUUGACAAGAAAGGAGCUACAAAUAAAAGAAAAGACACUAAAGGGAUGGUUGCAAGUGGAGCUCUUCUUCUUUGAAAAGUUUGAGUUAAGACAUCGUGAUCAAGUUAUACUAAGUGGAACCGAUGAGAUAGAAUUACAACCACCGCCGCAGACUAUAAAAAUAAACGAGGCAAGAAUACUUACCAAUUGUCCAAAAGAGGUGCCUGUGUGGCAAAUGUAUAGAGACCGCCGCAGAACAUUUCCUCUUGAGGAAAGGAAUUCUUUUGUUAUUAUCUUCAAGGAUUUGCCCUUGUUUUUCCAGCUCAUGAUUAACAGUCAGAUUUGGAAUCGGACUUGUGAUGGAAACCAAAACUGUUUUAGCAAAACAUCUGAAUCCUCUAAGGUGUCCAUAAUUAAAGAAGAAGAUAAUUUUAAGGUAUUGAUAGAUGAUGAAUUUAUUGGCACAGCUCCAUCUACUGGAAACGAUGACGUGUCUUUUGAAUUGAAAACAGGGUGUUUUUACCUAGCAAUUCCCAAAGAACAAGAGUCUGAGGUAGCAACAAAUGACAGGACCCCGAAAGGAUUGCUCUCAGUACUGGGACUUAUUUCUGCCUGCCUUUUACUUAGCCUAGUUUUGAAUGCAACUUUUAUCUACUACCAUAGAAAUAGGGUAUGUGGGGUAAUCAGAAGUACCCAAAAUAACAACAUGCAUGAGGCCAGUGUUGUAGAAGACCAAAUACCUGCUGAAGCAAGUGAAGGGCGUGAAGGCCGUACACACCAAAAACCUUAUUACUUACCCAUGAAUCAACAUUUUUCUCCUGGGAAUGUCCAAAAUGCAACCAUUAAUAAUUCAAACCAAAAAGUUGGUGAAGAUAGUGAAUACCUUUACAUAAACUGUCAGGAAGUUAUGCCGUCAACAGUACGCAACAGUGAUUACAUUCAACCUAAUGAGGUAAACCCUUUUGAGGUGGAGAUCUUGAGAAAGAAAAAUUUGAUACACGGGAAUGUAUAUACGUCAGAAGUGGCCCAAGGGAUGAAACACAUUCCACAAGGAGACUACGUUGACCUGACAGAAGUAACACAAGAGAUUACCAAUAAUGUGGACGAUGAGGAGUCACUUUACAUGAAUAUUAACAGGGAAGAUGAGGAACCAGACUACAUGAAUGUGCCCAAACGCUUGUAGCACCAUUUUUUUUUAAGUUAAUAACUGUAAAUACUAGAUAUUAAUGUUUUAUGUAUAUAAUUCUGUUAUAGAACUGUGGGAUUAACUUGAAAAAUAAUUUUUUAAACUAAAUCAAUCAAGAAGUUCAAAAGAUUAUUUUUCAGAGAUUAAAUAAUCAUACUACUUAAUGAUAUUGAAACUGGUGAUGAUGCCACUACAGUAAUCAGUUAGCUUAACCAUAACAUAAAGUUCCUCAGUAGGCAAGUAACAUCUAAUGUAUCGUUGUGGUGCACUUUAGGCAUUACUGAAGGUUUUUAAAUGUCCUCUUUGCCUGAAAGAGAUAUUUCUUGAGGUAUAUUUUACAGCUUUACAUUGGCCUCUAGUUUAUCCCUUUUACACUUGAUUUACUUUUGCUGUUUAAGAAAUAUUUUCUCUCUUGAAGGAGACCUAGAAAUAUAACUCAUUGGUUCUGUAGUCUUGAGAAUGGUAGUUUUUCUAUUGAAUGAUGGGUGAAGUUUGCAGUAGGGACCAUAAUUUUUUAAAACUAUAGCCAUGUCUAGGCCUAGGUGUGAGCCAGAUCAGAUAAUUCUUAAGCAGACUUGCUGCAAGGCAUUACUGAUUUUACAGAUACUGAAGUUUGGCUUUUCUGGUUCAGAUUUUGACAUGGCUCCACUAACCAUGAGGUUCAUGACAAACCUUUGGAUUCUUCAGAGGAAGAUUUCAGUUUUGUUAGUUAUUGUUUUUACUGAAUUGUUUUACUGUCGUUUGUUCACUCAUACUUUGGCUGAUGAAUUGGAUGGUACAUAUGGUCUGCAGGCUUAGCAAGCAUCAUGUAUUUAUGCCAUGUGUAAAGUUGUCAAGUAUG